UCCCACUACUCCUCUUGAUUGGCAGACCCAUCAAACCACAUUGCAACCCUCCAUCCUUUCUCACUUCGACUCGUCAUAAAAUUCCUCUGAUCUCGCACUUUGCAGCAUUCUGCUCUUGCCAGUCCUCUCUUGCUCGCUCGCUCGCUCGCUCACUCACUCACUCUCUGCUUAAUUGAAUCAUUCACUCUCCGGCAAGUGAUCAUGGGCCUCAUAGCAAACGUUUGGUCCCUCCUAUUGGCUCUCCUGGCCAUCGCUGCACCAUAUUUGGAUGAAAACACUUUGUCAGCGCAACAAGCUGACAAAGUCACGAACUUGCCAGGGCAGCCUCCGGUCAAGUUUGAGCAUUACGCGGGGAGUAUCAAACUCUAUCCGAACGACACUAAAGCUAUGUUCUACUGGUUCUUGGAAGCAGCAACCGAUGCCGCUGAAAAACCCGUCGUGGUCUGGCUUAAUGGAGGACCCGGAUGCUCCUCUGUAGCUGAAGGUGCUGCACUAGAGAUAGGGCCCUUCCUUCUCGACGGGUCGCAGUUUCAGCUCAACCCAUUUUCAUGGAACAAAGUGGCAAACAUGUUGUUCCUGGAGACCCCGGUGGGAGUGGGGUUUUCAUAUAGCAACAACUCUCAGGAUUAUGACUUGGUCGGAGAUCAUUCGACCGCCCUUGACAACUUAGCCUUUCUAGUCAAUUGGUAUAAGAAGUUUCCAAACUUCAAGACCAAGCAACUCUACAUCAGUGGGGAGAGCUAUGCCGGCCAUUUUGCUCCACAACUUGCUGAUCUAAUCAUGGACUGGAAUAAAGGAGCUGCUAAAGACUCCAUCAAUCUCAAAGGCAUCAUGAUGGGGAACGUUGUGAUCAACGAUCCUACUGAUGCUGAUGGCAUAGUCGAUUAUGCACACAGCCACGGGGUUAUCUCGGGUGAAACAUACCGAGAUAUCGAAAAAGAAUGCAACUUCAACAACUUCAAUCAAACUGAAGAAUGUGUUGUUGCUUUCGAAGGCCUCGCUGAAGCUUAUGCUGAGAUCGACAUGUUCAACAUUCAUAGGCCAGUCUGUCAGAAUAUUGGCAACAUCUCUCCGUCAAGUUUUGUUGUGAACGCCUUUCAUCAUGAUGUAUUGCGGGGUAAGGGAGUGCCGCAUAAACGUGAUAUGUGCAGUGACUAUGCGACGCCAUAUUUCAACAGGCCGGACGUCCAGCUCGCCCUGCACGCCAAUGUCACUGGAUUGCCCUAUCCGUUCUGGAUAUGCAGUCCUAUAAUUAGGAGGUGGAUUGACUCUCCUACUAGUGUACUGCCCACCAUUCGGAAGCUCCUGGACGCCGGCCAGCGCAUUUGGAUCUUUAGUGGGGAGUUCGAUGGGAGAGUGCCAGUGACCUCCACAAAUUAUAGCAUUGCUAUAAUGGGGUUAAAAGUGGAGGAGGAAUGGAGACACUGGUUCAAGAAUGGUGAGGUGGCCGGGCAGGUGCAAACCUACAAAGAGGGGAUCACAUUUGUCACUGUGACCGGAGCAGGACACCAAGUCCCGGUUGACAAGCCCGGAGAAUCGCUUUUUGUAUUUAGUCAUUUCCUCGCAAACAGAAGGUUGCCCCGCUUCUAGUUAAAUUAUCAGUUGGUGUAUUUAACGUCUCUCUGUUAAAAAAUAAUUAAAACAACAGUAUUUUAAUUAAUCA